AUGAAUGAAGCUCUUGAAGGUAGUCUCUAUCUUGGCCUCCCUAACAUCAUUGGUCGAAAUAAAAAAGCCAUGCUUGGCUUUAUCAAGAAUAAAGUGAUUGCUCGUAUUAAUAGUUGGGAUGGAAAAUUUUUGUCUCGUGCCGGAAAGGAAAUUCUACUUAAGACCGUUAUUCAAUCACUACCGACCUAUGCAAUGAGCGUGUUUCUCCUACCACUUGGUACUUGUAAAGAGAUAGAAAAGCUUAUGGCUAGCUUUUGGUGGAAAACAAAUUCUAACAAAGGUCGCGGUAUUAUUUGGAUGUCUUGGGAUUGUCUUGCAAUUCCUAAGGAUGAAGGUGGAAUGGGAUUUAGACACUUACAUGAUUUCAACCUUGCUAUGCUUGCAAAACAAGAUUGGCGCCUUUUGUGUAAUCCCAACUCUCUCGUUGCCAAAGUGUAUAAAGCUAAGUACUUUCCACAUACCGACUUCCUCUCAGCCAAGCUUGGCAAUAAUCCAAGCUUUGUUUGGCGUAGCAUUUGGGGGGCGCAAGAUGUUGUUCGUCUAGGUGCUACUCGGGUCAUUGGAGAUGGCACAACUACAAAUAUUUUGGGUACUUCUUGGCUGCCGAAUGUCCACAACAGAUGUGUGUCUUCAACACAUCCUGGAUUGCAAAAUAACACAGUCAGCUCUCUUAUGCAAAUGGACAACCGAGAUUGGGAUUCUGAGGUGAUUUUGGAUUUGUUUCCAACUCAUGAAGCUGAUAUUAUACUCGGCAUCCAUUUGACAAACACUAUUAGACCUGAUUUCUGUGCCUACCAACUGCUGCAAACUGAAAAACCAGCAGUCCCAACACAGAAUAAUUCUGGUUUUUGGCGUAAAUUCUGGCACUUAAAGAUCCCACCAAAGGUGCUAAAUCUUCUAUGGCGUGCUAUCACCGACUCCCUUCCCACAUGUGUGAAUCUUGUAACUAAAUAUGUGCCCAUUUCUGCUCAAUGUCCGGUCUGUAGAACCCAACCCGAGACAGCCAUUCAUGCACUUGUGCAUUGUUCUUUUGCUGCUGACUGCUGGAGAUCCUUCGGUCUUCCUAUAAACGCAGCUGCUUCCUCUUCUUUUGGCGGCUGGUUCGAAAGCUUGCAGCAAACAGGAGACAAUGAUCAGUUUGGAACAAAAAGAAUUCUUCUGUAA